UGCUCGCACCAACGGAUGUCGAGUUCAGGAGGAUACUCAGGAUGCAUGACGCCCAGCAUCAGGAAGAGAUUCGUUCCUCGAGGGAAGCUGCUAAGUCCAUCCGUUCGUCUCCUGCCCAGCUCAACCCCAACAGACAGUCCUCCCAUCCUCCUUCCGAGAUCCUUCAGCUGCUCUCCGUGGAGUUUCCAGCUGGGUAUCUCCAAUGGACCAGGGAAGGGACCAAGAAGUUGGAGGGCGUUGUCUCCACAGAUUCUCGCUACCGCGUCCCCGCUCGCAGCAGCCGCGUGCAGGUCAGCGCGACGAGAAGGAGCGGGAGAGAGCGGACAGGCGCCGCGGACUCCAAGGCGAUGGAGAUCUACUUGGAGCUGUCCAAUGGAGCGAGGAAGGUGCGGGCGACGAUCAACAGGCAGCUGCAAGCGCUAGAGCUCAGCGUCGAGCAGAUCCAGAGCUCCAGCAGGAGGACGCGUCGUGCUCCUCCUGCCUGCGAAGUUCGGCUGACGGAUCAGGAAGCUUCGCAUGUCAUCCGCCAGUACUGCGAUGAAGGGAGGAGGGAGGAGGGAGGAGGAGCUUCGAGGGAGGCACCUGUAUACUACUGGCACGGUUCGCAGGAUGAUGAUGUAUAGAUGUGUAGACUAGUUGUUUGUAAACAAAACGUAUCAAGUUA